AGCAGUAGCAGAGCCCCAGCAGAGCCACAGCAGAAGCAGAGCCCCAGCAGCGUCCAGAGUCGUCAGAGUCCAGAAUCAGCCGAGAACAGCAGUCACCAGCGAAAAAAAGCUAAAAAAUAUAACCAUACCAUAGCUAAAAAAGCGAAAAUUGCUAAACUGUUUAAUGUGGAAUUGUUGCGAGCACUCGCCGGAGCUCGAACUUGUGGCAAUCAAUCAAUUAGGUGCAACGGGGUGGCGCCGCCCCGCUGGUCUCGACAGCGCCAUCAUCAGGAACAGCAGUAGCAGCAGCAGCAGCAGCGGCGGCGACAGCAUAAGCAGCAGAGAGUGUGACAGCAGUUCAGCAGUUAAAAAUCAAUAUCCGUCUAAAGUUUAUUUCGGUUUCGGGCAACUCUGAAACUUAAAGUUGUCAACGAGCCAGCAGAAAUACAUAUUCUCAACCAACAAACAAUACUUAAAUUAAUUAUAGUUUUUGCCAAUUGCUUUAUGCCAAUCGCGUCCGCUUUGAGUGCUGAAAAUAUAACUAACAAUAUAGUAAUCCAGAUAAAGUGUCCAGAAGUCCAUUUUUUGUGCAUAGAUAUUAAAAUAGAAUAUAUUAAAAACCCAAGAGACAGAGAGAGAAUAAAAGCUUUAAAACCAGAACGAGACAGCAAAUAGCAACUGGUUCCAUCCAAAGGAAAUGUGAAGAUUAAACCAUAAUAAUACCGAGCAAAACUGAAGUGAAAAUACCAAAUAUCCAGCAAAAAUACUACAGGUAUACCAGAUAAAGCAAAAGAUCCGACGAUAGAUGGAAAUAGUGUCGCCGUGCAAACGCGGAGAGAGCUAAAAGCGAACAGUCCAACUGAGAAUUACUAUAGCCCAAGAGCUAUAGCCGAGAGAAGAAACGAGAUCGGCUCGGAUCGCUUGAUUCAUUUCAGACAAAAACGAGAGGAAAGCCCCAAAGUGAGAAAAACCAAAAAUCGAAUUUUCAUGUUUCAAACACAAAAACCAAAACCAAACACAAAACCAAAAUUAUUAUUGAUAAACUAUUACGAAUAAAAGCAAAAAGAAAAACCAAAGGUAAAGUAAAAAUUGCUAAAAGUAAAAACAAACGCUACUCCAAAAUCUUCACUAAAUAUACGAUAUAUAUAUAUACGAUACGUAUAAUACGUAUGUACGUAUAAUAUAUAUAUGCAUAUGUUUAACUAAUAAAAUAUACUUCAGAGAACACGCCAAUUGCCGCAAAAAACAACCAAACCAACAAAAACUUACUCCAAAAGAAAAAGCAAAGCAAAAAAUUAAUAAAAACCAAAGAGAUUUUCAUUCAACAAAAACACUGACCACAGCUUCAAGAAGUGUGCACAAUAAUAGCAACAAAAGAAAAAUACAAGAAAAACCAAAAGACUAGCCAAAACCAAUUCCAGAGAUUUUAACAAAACAACAAAAAAAAAAGCAAAACAAAAACCAAACCAAACGACACGAAACGAAAACCAAUUAAGCGAACAAUUCUCUAGUUUUCUCGGAGGAAAAAGCAAAGGAAAGACUGCGCCAAAAGUCACGGCCAGCAAACAACAAAAAGUACAACAACAAAAAACGAAAACACAAACAAAACCAAAACCAAAAGGAAGGAGAAAGAAGAGAAGAAGCAGCAGCGGCAGCAGCAGCAGCAGCAGCAGAAGAACAACAACCAUCCGGCAGAAGCUGAAGCAGAAGCAGAAGCAGAAGCAGAAGACAGCGUCACGCACCAAAACUCGCCCCUCAGUUGCAGUCGCAGUCGCAGUCCGCAGCGAACGGUUUUCCGCAAUAUUUCCAAGGAAUUUUGCGAGUGUUUAAUAAAGACAGAGACAGAGCAACAUCUAGAGAGCGAGUAGUGGAAGUGCCAGUGCGAUAGGGAAAGAGUGCGAGGGAGCACACAAUAUUGUUAAUCGGUUAACCAUUGUAUUUUUUUUCUAAGUGUAACAAGUUUUUUUGCCUGUGUGACAAACAAAAAAGCAAAGACAAAUCCAACAACCAAUAACCAACAACAUCUGUGAUGGGAGAUCAGCCAAAGGCGACAACAACAACCACCAGUGGGGGGGCGGCUGCAGGAGGAUCAGCAGCGGGAUCAGUAGCGACUGAGGGCGACACCGUGAUGGCCGCCGCGACCCAAGAAGCCGUGGGCAGUGCCAUUGCCAUGGCCAAUGCAAACGGCAACGGCAACGGCAACGCCAACGCCAACGGACCGGAGCAUCCACCGCCGGAGUCGCAGGAGCUAGGUGGUGUCGAGGGACAGGUGGACAACGAGGUCGGUGGUGGCACUGAUGUCGGUGACGAUGCGGCCACGGAUGCCGGGGCAAGCUCUCUGCCACCGUCGGAGAUCGGUGGUCGGGCACCGCUGGAUACUGCCGGCUCGGACGGCGGCGGUGUGGCCUCCAGCCUGGCCGGUGGCAUGGUUGGUCCGCCCAGCCCCCUGACCGGAUGCUAUCUGCUGAUCGUGCUCGGGGAGCCGCAUUCCGAGGAGCACAAGGACAACAUCUUGCAGCAUCUGUUGAAGGGAUUCCUCUCCUGGGACGUAUCUGACUGCCACGUCGACUUGGAGGAGGAGCUCAAUACAAUAACACAACACGCGCCCGAGGGCGAGGAGGCCCGUCACGGUGAACGUCUCAUACAGUAUGCCAGCGAGAAUCUGGUGACAGAGGUGCUCAUCCAUCCGCAGUACAAUACGCUGAUCCAGUGCAUGCGCAAUCUGCUCAGCAGCUUCACCCGCCAUCGGCACAUUAUCCACGCCGGCUACACUUUCAGCGGCAAUGGUUCCUGGAUACUGCAGGAUGGAACCUUCUCGGUGGCCGACUUUGCCGAGGCGUUUCAGGAGCACGACGUACAAAGGGUGAUUCGCGCCUACGCGGACACCAUCACCAUGAACAUCCAUUGCGCGGAUGCGGGCCUGUGGCACACGCUGCCGGAGAAAUCAUUCGCGCGUCAAUGUAAAAUCCGCAUCAAUCCCGUGGAUGUGCUGGACACCAGCAGUGAGUGCAUCAAUGGGUUCUUGGAUUACCUAGCGCCCAUGGUGAUGCCCACGUCUCUGCGGGAGCUGCUCGAGACAUCAGAUGUGGUGGGAAACAUUCGCUUUACGCAUCCUACGCUCUAUGUGUUCCCCGGCGGUCAGGGCGAUGCGGCUCUCUUUGGGAUCAACGGCUUUAAUAUGCUGGUGGAUGGCGGCUUCAAUCGUAAGGCAUGCUUUUGGGAUUUUGCCCGCCACCUGGACCGACUGGACGCUGUGCUUAUGACGCGCCUGAACAACAGCAAUGUGCAGGGCCUUGGGGCAGUGGUCUCCCGGAAGCGGGACUCGCACGUCUACCCCCAGAUCGGCCACUUCUUCGGUAAUGUACCUGACCGCAAGGGACUGCCUAGUCCCGAUGGUGACAAGGAUCGCAAUCCGUUGCUGAUCGACCUGUUCGAGCGGGGCCAUGGCAUCGUGAGUGACCUGAAGUCGCUGGAUCUGAAGCCGCAGAGCUGCUACCGCAACCAGGAGCCGAUCAACCUGUAUCACAAGGUGGGCCACGGCACACUGGACAUGUAUGUGAUCAGUCCGGCCCGUGACUCCAAGGAGGUGAAGGAGUUCAUGCAGAAGUGGAAUGCCGGCGAUCAGCGAUUGUUCUCCGCCCGCGAUUCCAAGGACUUCAACUUCCCGCUGCAAAAUCUCGUCUCCAUUUGCGCCCUGCUCGUGUGGCAGCCCGCCAACCCGGACGACACCAUCACUCGCAUCCUGUUCCCUGGCAGUACGCCUGACUUUAAGAUCCAAGAAGGCCUCGAGAAGCUCAAGCAUCUCGAGUUCAUGAAGCACUCCACGUGCACGGCCAAGUCCAUUGCUCCGGCCAUACAGACUGUCGCCAGCACUCGCAAGAGCCUCAAGUCUGCCAUCGAGGCUACGCCAGCGCCACCCAGCGCCAGCUAUAAGCCUAUUUCCAAGUUUGGACCAGUCGCCAGUGCCGCCGUUGCCGGCCAGCAUCACCAGCCGCAGCACCAGCAGCAGGACAACAAGGCCAAGGAGGAGGCUGCAAAGGCAGCAGCUGCAGCUGCAGCGGCGGCUGCUUCUGCCACUGCUGCUGCCUCGAUAGUCCGCACCAAGGCAGACUCCAUGGACACGGAUGUUGAGCCGGAGGUGGAACCAGGAGCAGACACUGGAGAUGAGGCAGCGCCUGCAGACUCCGAGCCAGCCGAUGCCGAGGCCGAUGCGGAGCCUGCGGAGACUGGGGAGCAGGAGAAGCCCGAGCUGGACAACAAGGAUGAGGAAAAGAAAGUGGAGACGCCAGCAGCAGCACCGUCCAAGGAUGCCGUCGAUGCCGUGGCCGUGGAGGGGGUAACGGCAAGUCCUGCAGAUGCCACAUCUACCAGCAAGCAAGCAACAGGAAAGGCAGCUAAGGGCAAACCGGACAAACCACGUGCCGAAGUAAAGCCCGUGGUGCGCUCCAGGAUCGACACGAAGCCACCCAAGUCCAUGGACCGGAAGCUGGUGAAGCGCGAGGAGAAGAAGAGUUCACCCACGGCCACGCCCGCGUACCGUUCGAACGCCUCGCGGGAUGGCAAGUACAAGGCGAUGGCCCGCCCGGCCACCAAGUCUAGCCCCAGUAGCACCCCGGCCAAGAGCGCCAAGGAGGCCAAUAAUCGCAAGGUGCUGGAGUCCAAACAGCAGGCAGCAGCGGCGGCCGCCGGACGUCAGACAACCAUCAGUGCCACCACGCGGCGUGCCACCAGCAGCAGCACCACCACUGCCCCAGCCACCGCUACCACUGAGAGGAAGACGCAGCAGAGUCAAGCAGAUUCCAAGGCGACGGCGCAAGCUUCGGCUCAACGGAAGCCAAUCUCGAGGCGACCCCGUGGGGUGUCUCCCUCGAAGCGGGCACCGGCACCAGGCAGUCCUAUCAAGCAGGCCAAGCCGAAAGCAGCGGACCUGAAAAAGGCGCGUCUUGACAAAGGUGGCACCACGGAUUCGAGUCUCGUAUCGACGCCAUCGGCCGACGAUGCGACAGCUGCCAAGAAGCUGCAAGAGCUGUCCGCCUCCCAGGAGCUCGAUGCAGAGAAGCAGCGCGAGCUGGAUGACCUUAAGGAGGAGCAGGAGGUGGUGCGCGAGAUCGAGGCGGUUUUUAGCCGGGACGAGAUGAAGCGCCAGCAGCUAAUCAAGGCCGAGCUGCGGGAAAUGGCCAAGCAGGACAGCACUACUGAGGCCGAAGAGGAGGAGGAGUACCUGAUCAUCGAGAAGGAAGAGGUGGAGCAGUACACUGAGGACUCGAUCAUCGAGCAAGAGAGCAGCAUUACAAAGGAGGAGGAGAUCCAGAAACAUCAGCGCGACUCCCAAGAGUCCGAGAAGAAGCGCAAGAAGAGCGCGGAGGAGGAGAUCGAGGCCGCCAUUGCGAAGGUGGAAGCCGCCGAACGCAAGGCCCGGCUGGAAGGCAGUGGUGCCGCCGCAGUCGUAUCAGGGAGACACGAGGAUCUGACCACAGAGGGGGAGAUCAAGGCCGAGCUGCAGGAGAUUAUCGCCUCGGCCAAGGACAUUGUCAAGUCGCGUACCGAGGAGCAACUGGCGAAGCCCGAGGAGGAGCUAUCCUCGCCGACACCCGAGGAAAAAAUCAGCAAAAAGACUUCGGACACCAAGGACGAACCCUUGGAGGCGCCCGAAGCCCUGCCAAUUAAUCUGCAGGAAAGUCUUCCAGAGGAGAAGUUCUCCGCCACCAUCGAGUCAGGUGCAACCACAGCCCCUACUCUACCCGAGGACGAGCGCAUUCCGCUGGACCAGAUAAAGGAGGACCUGGUCAUCGAGGAGAAGUACGUUAAAGAGGAAACCAAAGAAGUGGAAGCAAUCGUUGUGGCCAGAGUAAUAUUGCCCGAUACAGCUCCAGGCACAGCUGCCUCGACCGCUGCAAUCGCCGCCGCGGUGGCGCCCAAGGAUGCGAAAAACAUAGUCCAGGCUGCCGAGCUUCCCGAAUCGGGAGAUCGAGUUCUGCCCAUGAAGAUGACCUUUGAAGCGCAACAGAACCUAAUGAGGGAUGUAAUCAAGACACCCGAUGAGGUUGCCGACCUGCCCGUCCAUGAGGAGGCCGAUCUGGGCCUGUACGAGAAGGACAGCCAGGAUAUAGGCGCCAAAAGCAUUUCGCACAAGGAGGAGUCCGCCAAGGAAGAAAAGGAAACCGACGACGAAAAAGAAACCAAGGAGUCUGAAGUCGAGGUUGAAGAUUUACAGGAAGCUAACAAAGAUGUAGGGGCUGCCCAAGAAGCAGUCAAGCCCACAACCCCAACAGCUGCCGUCGUGGAGAAACAAGCGGAGGAAAUUACCCAUAAGGAGGUGGAGGAGAAAGUGGAUACAGUGGUGGUCACAGCCCAAGAGAGCCAUGAGCACGAAACGAAUUUAGAGGCAACGAUCAUCACUGAGAAAGAGGCUAAGAAGUCAGCGAGCACCCCAGAAGAAAAGGAAACCAGUGACAUUACUUCCGAAGACGAGCUCCCUGCUCAUAUGACUGGACCUGCAACCGCACCAUCGCCAAAGGCCAAGGACCGCGAGGACACUAUCUCCAUGGAGAGUCCUGCCACCAUUGAGGAAGCGGUUGAAGUGGAAGUAAAGAUCGAGAAGCAGCAAGAAAAACCACGCCUUUCCAAAAAAGAAGCGGGGGAAGCUGAUGCUUCAAAACAGGAACAAGAACCAUCUCGCAGGGAGAGCGUAACGGAUAUGAAAUCUUCAAUUACAUCUAAGGAAGCCUCCCGGCCAGUUUCUGCGGCAGCAAGUAUCAAAGACGAAGCCGAAAAUCUCGCAAGCCAUCGUGAAUCGAUCGCAGAAAGCUUAAAGGCAGGAAGCAAGGAAGCUUCUCGACCAGAAUCUGUGGCAGACAGCGUCAAAGAUGAAACUGAGAAGCCAGGAAGCCGUCGAGAAUCGGUUGCGGAAAGCGUGAAAGCAGGAAGCGCAGGGGACGAGAAGUCUCCACCUGCCUCAAAGGAAGCUUCUCGACCAGAAUCCGUGGCAGAGAGCGUCAAAGAUGUAACUGAGAAGCUAGGAAGCCGCCGAGAGUCGGUUGCGGAAAGCGUAAAAGCAGGAAGCGCAGGGGACGAGAAAUCUCCACUUGCCUCCAAGGAAGCUUCUCGACCAGAAUCCGCAGCAGAGAGCGUCAAAAAUGAAACUGAGAAGCCAGAAAGCCGGCGUGAGUCAGUUGCAGAGAGCGUGAAGGCAGCAAGUGUCAAGGACGAAAAAUCUCCACUUGCUUCCAAGGAAGCUUCUCGACCAGAAUCCGUUGCAGAGAGCGUCAAAGAUGAAAUCGAGAAACCAGAAAGCGGGCGUGAAUCUGUUGAAGACGGUGUGAAGGCAGGCGAUGCCAAGGACGAAAAGUCUCCAGUUGCCUCAAAGGAAGCUUCUCGACCAGAGUCGGUCGUGGAAGGCGUCAAAGAUGAAACCGAGAAACCAGAAAGCCGGCGUGAGUCGGUUGCAGAGAGCGUGAAGGCAGAAAGCGCCAAGGACGAAAAAUCUCCACUUGCUUCCAAGGAAGCUUCUCGACCAGAAUCCGUUGCAGAGAGCGUCAAAGAUGAAAUCGAGAAACCAGAAAGCGGGCGUCAAUCUGUUGAAGACGGUGUGAAGGCAGGAAGUGCCAAGGACGAAAAGUCUCCAGUUGCCUCAAAGGAAGCUUCUCGACCAGAAUCCGUAGCAGAGAGUUUAAAAGAUGAAACCGAGAAAUCAGAAAGCCGGCGUGAAUCGGUUGCAGAGAGCGUGAAGGCAGAAAGCGCCAAGGACGAAAAAUCUCCACUUGCUUCCAAGGAAGCUUCUCGACCAGAAUCCGUGGCAGAGAGCAUCAAAGAUGAAAUCAAGAAGCCAGAAAGCCAUCGUGAAUCUGUUGCAGACAGUGUAAAGGCAGGCAGUGCCAAGGACGAAAAGUCUCCACUUGCCUCAAAGGAAGCUUCUCGACCAGAAUCCGUAGCAGAGAGCGUCAAAGAUGAAACUGAGAAGCCAGAAAGCAGGCGUGAGUCGGUUGCAGAGAGCGUGAAGGCAGCAAGCGCCAGGGACGAAAAAUCUCCACUUGCCUCCAAGGAAGCUUCUCGACCAGAAUCCGUUGCAGAGAGCGUAAAAGAUGAAAUCGAGAAACCAGAAAGCCGUCGUGAAUCUGUUGCAGACAGUGUAAAGGCAGGAAGUGAAAAGGACGAAAAGUCUCCACUUGCCUCAAAGGAAGCUUCUCGUCCACAGUCGGUCGUGGAAAGCGUCAAAGAUGAAACUGAGAAGCCAGAAAGCCGGCGUGAGUCGGUUGCAGAAAGCGUGAAGGCAGGAAGUGCCAAGGACGAGAAGUCUCCACUUGCCUCAAAGGAAGCUUCUCGACCAGAAUCCGUAGCAGAGAGUUUAAAAGAUGAAACCGAAAAAGCAGAAAGCCGUCGUGAAUCUGUUGCAGACAGUGUAAAGGCAGGAAGUGCGAAGGACGAGAAGUCUCCACUUGCCUCAAAGGAAGCUUCUCGACCAGAAUCCGUAGCAGAGAGCGUAAAAGAUGAAACCGAAAAAGCAGAAAGCCGUCGUGAUUCUGUUGCAGACAGUGUAAAGGCAGAAAGUGCCAAGGACGAAAAAUCUCCACUUGCCUCGAAGGAAGCAUCUCGACCAGAAUCCGUGGCAGAGAGCGUCAAAGAUGAAAUCGAGAAACCAGAAAGCCGUCGUGAAUCUGUUGCAGACAGUGUAAAGGCAGGAAGUGCCAAGGACGAGAAGUCUCCACUUGCCUCAAAGGAAGCUUCUCGACCAGAAUCGGUCGUGGAAAGCGUCAAAGAUGAAGCCGAGAAGCCAGAAAGCCGGCGUGAGUCGGUUGCAGAGAGCGUGAAGGCAGGAAGUGCCAAGGACGAGAAGUCUCCACUUGCCUCAAAGGAAGCUUCUCGACCAGAAUCCGUGGCAGAGAGCGUCAAAGAUGAAAUCGAGAAACCAGAAAGCCGUCGUGUAUCUGUUGCAGACAGUGUAAAGGCAGAAAGUGCCAAGGACGAAAAAUCUCCACUUGCUUCCAAGGAAGCUUCUCGACCAGAAUCCGUUGCAGAGAGCGUCAAAGAUGAAAUCGAGAAACCAGAAAGCGGGCGUCAAUCUGUUGAAGACGGUGUGAAGGCAGGCAGUGCCAAGGACGAAAAGUCUCCAGUUGCCUCAAAGGAAGCUUCUCGACCAGAGUCGGUCGUGGAAAGCGUCAAAGAUGAAACCGAGAAACCAGAAAGCCGGCGUGAGUCGGUUGCAGAGAGCGUGAAGGCAGAAAGCGCCAAGGACGAAAAAUCUCCACUUGCUUCCAAGGAAGCUUCUCGACCAGAAUCCGCGGCAGAGAGCAUCAAAGAUGAAAUCAAGAAGCCAGAAAGCCAUCGUGAAUCUGUUGCAGACAGUGUAAAGGCAGGCAGGGCCAAGGACGAAAAGUCUCCACUUGCCUCAAAGGAAGCUUCUCGACCAGAAUCCGUAGCAGAGAGUUUAAAAGAUGAAACCGAAAAAGCAGAAAGCCGUCGUGAAUCUGUUGCAGACAGUGUAAAGGCAGGCAGUGCCAAGGACGAGAAGUCUCCACUUGCCUCAAAGGAAGCUUCUCGACCAGAAUCGGUCGUGGAAAGCGUCAAAGAUGAAGCCGAGAAGCCAGAAAGCAGGCGUGAGUCGGUUGCAGAGAGCGUGAAGGCAGCAAGCGCCAAGGACGAAAAAUCUCCACUUGCCUCCAAGGAAGCUUCUCGACCAGAAUCCGUUGCAGAGAGCGUAAAAGAUGAAAUCGAGAAACCAGAAAGCCGUCGUGAAUCUGUUGCAGACAGUGUAAAGCCAGGAAGUGAAAAGGACGAAAAGUCUCCACUUGCCUCAAAGGAAGCUUCUCGUCCACAGUCGGUCGUGGAAAGCGUCAAAGAUGAAACUGAGAAGCUAGAAAGCCGGCGUGAGUCGGUUGCAGAAAGCGUGAAGGCAGGAAGUGCCAAGGACGAGAAGUCUCCACUUGCCUCAAAGGAAGCUUCUCGACCAGAAUCCGUAGCAGAGAGUGUAAAAGAUGAAACCGAAAAAGCAGAAAGCCGUCGUGAAUCUGUUGCAGACAGUGUAAAGGCAGGAAGUGCGAGGGACGAGAAGUCUCCACUUGCCUCAAAGGAAGCUUCUCGACCAGAAUCCGUGGCAGACAGCGUCAAAGAUGAAACCGAGAAACCAGAAAUCCGUCGUGAAUCUAACGCUGAGAGCGCAAAAGUAGGAAGUGCCAAGGACGAAGUGGCUCCACUUGCCUCCAAGGAAGCUUCUCGACCAGAGUCUGUGGCAGAGAGCGUCAAAGAUGAAACCGAGAAACCAGUAAGCCGUCGUGAAUCUGUUGCAGACAGUGUAAAGGCAGGAAGUGCCAAGGACGAAAAAUCUCCACUUGCCUCAAAGGAAGCUUCUCGACCAGAAUCCGUGGCAGAGAGCGUCAAAGAUGAAACCGAGAAACCAGAAAUCCGUCGUGAAUCUAACGCCGAGAGCACAAAAGUAGGAAGUGCCAAGGACGAAGUGGAUCCACUUGCCUCAAAAGAACCUUCUCGACCAGAAUCCGUAGCAGAGAGCGUCAAAGAUGAAGCAAAGAAAACAGAAAGCCGUCGUGAAUCUGUCGCAGAGAGCUUAAAGGCAGCAAGCGCCAAGGACGAGAAGUCUCCACUUUCCUCAAAGGAAGCUUCUCGGCCAGAAUCGGUACAGGACAAAGCUGACAAGCCAGAGAGUCGUCGUGAAUCAGUUGCAGAGACCGUGAAACUAGGAAGCACCAAAGACGAGAAGUCUCCAAAUGCAUCAAAGGAAGCUUCUCGACCAGAAUCUGUGGCAGAGAGCGUCAAAGAUGAAACCGAGAAACCAGUAAGCCGUCGUGAAUCUGUUGCAGACAGUGUAAAGGCAGGAAGUGCCAAGGACGAAAAAUCUCCACUUGCCUCAAAGGAAGCUUCUCGACCAGUAUCCGUGGCAGAGAGCGUCAUAGAUGAAGCGGAGAAACUCGAAAGCCGUCGUGAAUCUAUCGCCGAAAGCGUAAAAGCAGGAAGCGCCAAGGACGAGAAGUCUCCACUUGCCUCAAAGGAAACUUCUCGACCAGAAUCCGUAGCAGAGAGCGUCAUAGAUGAAGCAAAGAAAACAGAAAGCCGUCGUGAAUCUGUCGCAGAGAGCUUAAAGGCAGCAAGCGCCAAGGACGAGAAGUCUCCACUUUCCUCAAAGGAAGCUUCUCGGCCAGAAUCGGUCCAGGACAAAGCUGACAAGCCAGAGAGCCGUCGUGAAUCAGUUGCAGAGAGCGUGAAACUAGGAAGCACCAAGGACGAGAAGUCUCCAAAUGCCUCACAGGAAGCUUCUCGACCAGAAUCCGCAGCAGAGAGCCCCAAAGGCGAAACUGAGAAGCCAGAAAGCCGGCGUGAGUCGGUUGCAGAAAGCGUGAAGGCACGAAGUGCCAAGGACGAGAAGUCUCCACUUGCCUCAAAGGAAGCUUCUCGACCAGAAUCCGUAGCAGAGAGUUUAAAAGAUGAAACCGAAAAAGCAGAAAGCCGUCGUGAAUCUGUUGCAGACAGUGUAAAGGCAGGAAGUGCGAAGGACGAGAAAUCUCCACUUGCCGCGAAGGAAGCAUCUCGACCAGAAUCCGUGGCAGAGAGCGUCAAAGAUGAAAUCGAGAAACCAGAAAGCCGUCGUGAAUCUGUUGCAGACAGUGUGAAAACAGGAAGCGCCAAGGACGAGAAGUCUCCACUUGCCUCAAAGGACGCUUCUCGACCAGAAUCCGUAGCAGAGAGCGUCAAAGAUGAAGCAAAGAAAACAGAAAGCCGUCGUGAAUCUGUCGCAGAGAGCUUAAAGGCAGCAAGCGCCAAGGACGAGAAGUCUCCACUUUCCUCAAAGGAAGCUUCUCGACCAGAAUCGGUCCAGGACAAAGCUGACAAGCCAGAGAGCCGUCGCGAAUCUGUUGCAGAGAGCGUAAAACUAGGAAGCACCAAGGACGAGAAGUCCCCACUUGCCUCAAUAGAAGCUUCUCGACCAGAAUCCGUAGCAGAGAGCGUCAAAGAUGUAACUGAGAAGCCGGAAAGCCGUCGUGAGUCGGCUGCAGACAGUGUUAAAGCAGGAAGUGUCAAGGACGAAAAGUCUCCACUUGCCUCCAAGGAAGCCUCUCGACCAGAAUCCGUAGCAGAAAGCGUCAAAGAUGAAUCCGAAAAAACAGAAAGCCGUCGUGAAUCUAUCGCAGAGAGCUUAAAGGCAGCAAUCGUCAAGGACGAGAAGUCUCCACUUGCCUCAAAGGAAUCUUCUCAACCAGAAUCUGUUGUGGAGAGCGCUAAAGCUGAAGCUGCAGAGCCAGAAAGCCGUCGUGAGUCGGUUGCAGAGGGCGUGAAGGCAGAAAGUUCCAAGGACGCAAAGUCUCCGCUUGCCUCCAAGGAAGCUUCUCGACCAGAAUCCGUAGCAGAGAGCGUCAAAGAUGAGCCCGACAAAACCGAAAGCCGACGUGAAUCUAUCGCCGAAAGCGUAAAAGCAGGAAGCGCCAAGGACGAGAAGUCUCAACUUGCCUCAAAGGAAGCUUCUCGACCAGAAUCGGUUGUGGAAAGCGUCAAAGCUGAAAGUGAGCAGCCAGAAAGCCGGCGUGAGUCGGUUGCAGACAGUGUGAAAACAGGAAGUGCCAAGGACGAAAAGUCUCCACUGGCCUCAACGGAAGCUUCUCGACCAGUAUCCGUGGCAGAGAGCGUCAAAGAUGAGCCCGACAAAACCGAAAGCCGACGUGAAUCUAUCGCCGAAAGCGUAAAAGCAGGAAGCGCCAAGGACGAGAAGUCUCAACUUGCCUCAAAGGAAGCUUCUCGACCAGAAUCGGUUGUGGAAAGCGUCAAGGAUGAAACUGAGAAGCCAGAAAGCCGUCGUGAAUCUAUCGCAGAGAGCGUAAAGGAAGGAAGCGGCAAGGACGAGAAGUCUCCACUUGCCUCAAAGGAAGCUUCUCGACCAGAAUCGGUUGUGGAAAGCGUCAAAGCUGAAAGUGAGCAGCCAGAAAGCCGGCGUGAGUCGGUUGCAGACAGUGUGAAAACAAGAAGUGCCAAGGAUGAAAAGUCUCCACUUGCCCCAACGGAAGCUUCUCGACCGGUAUCCGUGGCAGAGAGUGUCAAAGAUGAAGCCGAAAAAACCGAAAGCCGACGUGAAUCUGUCGCCGAAAGCGUAAAAGCAGGAAGCGCCAAAGACGAGAAGUCUCCACUUGCCUCAAAGGAAGCUUCUCGACCAGAAUCGGUUGUGGAAAGCGUCAAGGAUGAAACUGAGAAGCCAGAAAGCCGUCGUGAAUCUAUCGCAGAGAGCGUAAAGGAAGGAAGCGGCAAGGACGAGAAGUCUCCACUUGCCUCAAAGGAAGCUUCUCGACCAGAAUCGGUUGUGGAAAGCGUCAAGGAUGAAACUGAGAAGCCAGAAAGCCGUCGUGAAUCUAUCGCAGAGAGCGUAAAGGAAGGAAGCGGCAAGGACGAGAAGUCUCCACUGGCCUCAAAGGAAGCUUCUCGACCAGAAUCGGUUUUGGAAAGCGUCAAGGACGAAGCUGACAAGCCAGAAAGCCGUCGAGAAUCUGUUGCAGAGAGCGUAAAAGAAGGAAGCGGCAAGGACGAGAAGUCUCCACUUGCCUCAAAGGAUCCUUCUCGACCAGAAUCGGUUGUGGAAAGCGUCAAAGCUGAAAGUGAGCUGCCAGAAAGCCGGCGUGAGUCGGUUGCAGACAGUGUGAAAACAGGAAGUGCCAAGGACGAAAAGUCUCCACUUGCCCCAACGGAAGCUUCUCGACCAGUAUCCGUGGCAGAGAGCGUCAAAGAUGAAGCCGAAAAAACCGAAAGCCGACGUGAAUCUGUCGCCGAAAGCGUAAAAGCAGGAAGCGCCAAGGACGAGAAGUCUCCACUUGCCUCGAAGGAAGCUUCUCGACCAGAAUCGGUUGUGGAAAGCGUCAAGGAUGAAACUGAGAAGCCAGACAGCCGUCGCGAAUCUGUUGCAGAGAGCUUAAAGGAAGGAAGCGGCAAGGACGAGAAGUCUCCACUUGCCUCAAAGGAAGCUUCUCGACCAGAAUCGGUUGUGGAAAGCGUCAAGGACGAAGCUGACAAGCCAGAAGGCCGUCGUGAAUCUGUUGUAGAGAGCGUAAAAGUAGGAAGCGCCAAGGACGAGAAGUCCCCACUUGCCUCAAAGGAAGCUUCUCGACCAGAAUCCGUAACAGAGAGCGUCAAAGAUGAAACCGAGAAACCAGUAAGCCGUCGUGAAUCUAUCGCAGAGAGCGUAAAAGAAGGAAGCGCCAAGGACGAGAAGUCUCCACUUGCCUCAAAGGAAGCUUCUCGACCAGAAUCGGUUGUGGAAAGUGUCAAAGCUGACGCUGAAGUGGUAGAAACUGUAGUGGACGAGUUGAAGGAGGCAUCUAGACAGCAAUCAGCAGUUGAGAUGUCUGCAGGUUCUUCAAAGGAAUCUUCACCAAGGCCUGGAUCUGUUGCAGAAAGUAUUCCUGAUGAUCACGAAAAGGCCAAAAAGUCAUCCGUAUCGCCUAGGGAAACGGUCUCUUCGCCAAUUGAAGAAGCGCAAAAAGAGUUUCCAGAAAUCGAUCUCAUAAAAAAAGCUCACCUAACGCUAAGCCUGCAAGGGGAGGCGGCUGGCAAGCUUCCUACAGAAUCUAGCCCCGUGGACGUUGCCCAGGGCGACUUUUCACAUGUUGUUCCACCCACUUCAACGGGACCAGACGCGCUCACUCAACCGGCAGAACACUCAACAGUUUCCAUGGCAGAAACUGUCUCGUCUCCUGUUGAUGAAGCGCCGAGAUCUCCUUCUAUCGUUAAGCAUGUGUCGCCGCGACCAGAUUCUCCUGCAGAAAGUGUCAUAGGAGGGAGUGUUAAGGAAGAUAAGUCUCCCAUCCAAUCUAAGGAGCCCUCGCGUCCACCAUCUGCCUCCGGAAGUCUGAAAGAAGACUCUACGAAACCAGAAAGCUUGAUAGCGGACAAGUCAAAGGAACCGUCUCCAGUUCCUUCAAAGGAAACAUCCCGACCGGAUUCGGUUGCUGGAACUGCAUCAUCUCCAAUUGAGGAGGCACCAAAGGAUCUCGCACAAUUCGAACAAGCUAAAAAAACAGUGCUGCCCUUGAUCAUUGAUUUGCAGGGAAAUGUCCAAACGGCAUCUAGUCCUGUCGACAUUGCUCAUGGAGACUUUCCUCCCGCAGCAACUAGCUCCCCAACACAACAGUCUGCCCCUCCGAAGCCCGCUGAGCUUGCUCAAGUUGGUAUAGAGAAGACUGUAUCGAGUCCUGUUGAUGAAGCCCCCAGUUCCCCUUUUUGUAAGGACUUGGAGCGGCCAGAAUCUCCUGCAGAAGACGGUAGUGAUGGGGUCAAGUCAGGGGAACUAUCACGUCGCGAAUCAACCGCAGAAACUAGUAAGCCUGAAAGUGCGAAGUUAACCUCAUCUAAGGAGUCUCGACCAGAAUCCGUUGUAGAGAGCGUCAAAGACGAUGCUGAGAAUCGCGAGAGCGUACCUGAUGACAAAUCAAAGGAGGCAUCGCGUCGUGAAUCCCAGGCUGAGAGUAAAAAGAGUAGCGCAUCUCCUACCGCUGUCUCUAAGGAAACAUCGCGACCGGACUCAGCCGUCGAUGGUGCCACGAUUUCUAGCCCCAAGCCUGAAAGUACAACAGACGACAAGUCACUAGAGGCUUCCCGGCGCGAAUCGGUAGCCGAAAUCGUUAAGCCGGAAAGUACAAAAAACGACGACAAGUCGUCUGCUCUAUCAAAGGAGGUAUCGCGACCCGCAUUGGCUACCGAAAGCGUUAAGGAUGAGAAGUCGUCUGCCGUUGCCUCAAGGGACGCGUCACGGCCAGAGUCGGCUUUAGAAACAGCUUCGUCCCCGAUCGAAGAGGGCCCAAAAUCCAUCGCUGACUUGGGUCUUGAGUUGAGCCAAAGCACAACCGAAGUGAAAGGAAAGCUACCGACCCUGUCUAGUCCUGUCGAUGUAGCCGAUGGAGACUUCUCGAAGGCCCAGCUGGAUACUUCCAGUGGAUCUAAUGCAAUGUCCAAGCCCGCUGAGCUCUCCCAGGCCGCUGCUACAGCGCACACGGCCUCAAGCCCUGUGGAUGAGGCUUCCCCACUACUGGAAGCCCUCGAAGAAACCAUUGAAACAGUAGAAAAGCAUAUCACUCAAGCAGAAAGUUACCCAGGAAGCGCUGGGCUGAUUGAUUUGUUGGAUCUCAAGGACACCAAGGUGGAAGUGGAUGAGAAACUAGUGGAGCAGACGUUGGAACAGAACAGCGCGACCAGCGUGAAGACUAUUGAGAGUACAGUUGUGGAGACUGUUGACAACGUUAGCAAGGAGAGCAGCCCUCAGCUGACAGAGCUACAGUCUGUGGUGGACACCAAAGUGAGUGCUGUGACCUCUUUGAUCAACGCUGCUGUCGGGACUGCUGGGGCAAUGCUCACAGAGGUCUCAGAGAAAGUCACGGAGGUCUCAAAAAAAGUCACUGACGUCUCAGAGAAGGCGAUAACCGAGCUGGUCGCCAAAACUACCACAGAAGGUGUCGUCGAAGUUGAGGACGCUUCUGCCAAGGGCAGCCUAGACCUCAGUGGCUUCUCUGAGCUACGAGAGACGCACAUCACCACCGUCGGAUCGCCCGAGUUCACAGUGACCAUCUGUGAGCGCGAUGAGCCCGUCCUUCACGACAUCAAGGAAGAGGAUGAGGAGCACAGGUUCUCACCACCAACCGAAAAGACUGCGAUGCUGCCACCACAGCCCGUGCGUCCGCUGUCGCCGCGCGAGGAGGAGGUCUUCAAGAUCGUGGCUGACGUGGCAAAGGUGUUGAAGUCCGACAAGGACAUUACUGACAUCAUACCCGACUUUGAUGAGAAGGAGCUGGAGGAGAAGUUAAAGUCUGCUGAUCCCGAUGAGGAGGAGUCCGACAAAAGCCCUAAGACAGCCUCCACACCCACUAAAGAGUCCCUGGAGAUCAAUGUGAUAAAGGUGGACAUAGAAUCCGAAAAGUCCUCACCCGACCAGAAGUCCGGUCCCAUCUCCAUUGAAGAAAAGGACAAAAUCGAGCAGUCCGAAAAGGCCCAGCUGCGGGAGGGAGCAGAUAGAGCAGCCAGUAAGGACCAGAGCCGUCCAGAAUCUGCAGCCAGCCAAAAGGGAGCCACGGACUCAAUUCCUUCACGCCCCGAGUCCGUUGCAAGUCACAAGAGCCAUGCGAAGGAGGAAGAGGUGCAGCACCAGCAGGAUCAGGAUAAGUCUCAGGUCGCAUCGAAGGAGACGUCGCGUCCUGCUUCACAGCUCAGCAGCAUAGCCGAACCAGUGGAUGAGAAGUCUCCAACUCCGGCUAGGCGUGAGAGCCACCAGAGAGACAAGGAAGAAACCAAAGAGGCAUCGCAUCCCGAAUCCGUGGCAAGUCACAUCAGCGACAAGGAAGUCAAGGAGACCGAAUCCUCGCGUCCCCCCUCUAGCAGUAGCCACAUAAGCGCCAAAGACGAGGAGACGUCGAUUAUCUCAACAACAAUCGAGACCAAGGAGGAAAAGAAGGAGGAGAAGUCCAGCGAAUCGGUGUCCGUGUCCAAGUCCAGCCAGAGGCUUCUAAAGGAGGAGUCUGCCACACUCCAGUCGAGCGAGUCCCUCAGCAGCAGCUUGAAGGUAGAAGAUGGCUCCCGAUGCGAGUCUCUCUCCAGCCUGGUCACAGAGAAGGCGGACACCAGCACCAGUAUCAAGGAGGACAAUGAGAGCGAGAGCCUUAUCAAACUGGUGGAGAAGACAAGCUCCACAGCCUCUUCGAUGCUGGAGGAGCUGCUCAUCCAGUCCGAAGAGUGUUCCUCAGAGUCCAUUGUUAGCGAGAUCCAGACAACCAGCGCCCAGAAGACCCAGUCCAAGGCAACGAAGGAGGAGACCCACGAAAGCAGCGCAAUCAGCAGCAGCUGCACCAGAGAUGAAAGUCUCAAGGAGACCGUGGCCGAGUUUCUGGCCACGGAGAAGAUCGUCUCGGCCAAGGAAACAUUCAGUGCCGAGGCUUCCAAGACGGCGGAGGAGUGCCUGAGGAAGGCCACCACCAGCAGCACUACCUCCUCCCAGAGGACACUUUUCGUCGGCACGGAUGAAUCGAGGCGCGAGUCAGUGCUAAGCCACACAAGCGAUGGUCGCCAGACCCACAGCGAUCCAGAGGAAGAGGACAUUGACGGCGACGAAGAGGAGGAGCGGACCAGCGUGAAAGAGGGACGCUCCAAGUCCAUUGCCACCAUCAUGAUGACUAGCAUCUACAAGCCCUUCGGGGAUGUCGAGUCGAUUGACACACUCGAGGAGCAGGAGGAGGACCACCACGAGCAACAGCACUCUAGCAAAUCUCAGGAUUUGACAACCACUAGCAAGACAACUACUCUACUGAAAUCCAGCGACCAGCAGAGCAGUAGCACAACCAGCACCCAGCAAUCUAGCACCUUCUCGAAGACUGCCUCCAAGGUAGAGUCCAUCACUUUGACGCAGAUCGACCAGGCAGAGGGGCAGAGUGACCCCGUUGACCGCAAGACGCCGCCGACGGCACCCGUUAGUCCCAGCGUAAAGCCGACGGGCUCUUCAGGAGGAGCUGUUGUGGGCAGCAGCAUCGCUUCAACCUCGGGCCCCCUAUCUCCCAAGGAUAUCAGCGGCAAAUCGAGUCCCGGCGGCCUCACCUCUGAGAGUCAGUCCAUACCCACACCGUUGGGACGGGAGUCUCACACUGAGACGCCCGAGUCGUCCCCGAAGCCAACGUCGCCGUUCCCGCGCGUCAGCAAGGACGAUCUAAAGCAGAUGUCCCUGGAGGCAGACCAGGGAGAUGUCGAAGCCGAUCUACCCGAUCUGCACGAGCUGCGUGGCAUCGAGUGCACCACGGCGCUGAGCGGCAGCACGGAAAAGAUCAUUACUACGACAAUCACCACGGUCACCAAGGUGAUCUCCUCUGACGGCAAGGAGAUAGUCACCGAGCAGAAGACGGUGACGACUACGGACAGCUCAGAGCCGGACAGCGAGAAGGUGGUCGUAACCACCACCCGCACCACCAGUGAGAGCGAGAAGAGCGACCGCGACCAGAUCCUGCCCAAGGAGGUGGCCCUGCUCCGGGGCGCCAGCUACCGUCCCAGCACUCCAGGUAGCGAGGACGAUGAUGAACUGCCCGGUUCGCCCAGAAGUGCCACAAGCUAUGAACUGCAGCACUCGAGCUCUGGCGUGAGCAAGCGGUCCGACAUGGAUGCCGACGACAGCCAGGAUGACAUUCCGCCGCAAUACGGCAGCGAGGAGCAUUCGACGGCCCGCUCGAUUCUUCUGCCGCGUACGGCCGAUCCCAUGGCCACCUCGUUCUAUGGUGCGCUGCCAGACACCUUCGAUGUGAAGCCCAACAGCACCGAGCCGAUACCCAUCCAGGGAGCAGCCGCUGGGGCGCCAGGCGAUAGCCAAUCGUCGGACAGUGUGGAGAGCAGCAGCCAGACCUGGGCAGGACACAAAUUCCUCGACCAGGCGGACAAAGACUUCCAGAAGGCGCUCGAGGAGCAUGUGCAGGCGCGCGGCGCCGAGGUAAUGUCUUCCGUCACCGCCAAGUACUCCUACUCUCCGUCAAAGGCCGACGAGGUCGAACAGAUUGUCACUAGCACCGCAGAACGCCAGCGGUUCCCACUCAGCGAUGUCCAGCGAUUGCGUAUCGCCGAGAGCAGCUUCAGUUCAGUGGGAGACAGUCAGACUAAAACCACAGCCACAACCACAGAAAAAUCAUCACACGAAAAGAAGGAGGGAGAUGGAGAAGCCGUAACCACAUCUACAAACACAACCACGACCACAAUGAACAGCAGCAGCACCAGUGGCGGCUCUGGAACCCUGCCCAAGGAUCCCAAGGAUCGCCUGGAAGAGUGGGGCAAGCCACUGGGACUACCCUCACCCGCACCACUGCCCGUCGAGGGCGGCUCCGAUAUCCGCACCACACCUAAAAAGGAGCGUCGUCUGGUCGCCACCAAGACGCGCCUUAACAACGAGAAGAACCUCCGCAAGCGCAGCGAAUCGCCGAACAAGGUCAGCAAGAAGCCGGCCCCAGUUUACGUGGAUCUAACCUAUGUCCCCCACAACGGCAACUCAUACUACGCCCACGUGGAAUUCUUUAAGCGCGUCCGUGCACGCUACUAUGUCUUCUCGGGCACUGAGCCCAGCCGUCAGGUUUACGACGCCCUUUUGGAGGCAAAACAGACCUGGGAAGACAAAGAGCUGGAGGUGACCAUCAUCCCCACAUACGACACCGAUGUGCUUGGCUACUGGGUGGCUGAGAACGAGGAGCUGCUGGCCAAGCAUCGCAUUGAUCUCUCGCCAUCCGCUUCCCGCUGCACAAUCAAUUUGCAGGAUCAUGAGACCUCGUGCUCUGCCUAUCGCCUGGAGUUCUAGGCCACGGGCUUGUUUAUUGCAUUCGACGAUGACUAAAACAGAAACCAAUAAACCAACUAACCAAUCACAAAUCACUUUUCAAACACUCUAAACACGGACGGAGGAUCGUAGCCCUUGUAUUCCCUAAAUAUUUAAUGAUAAUGCGGGGGAUCGGGAUCGGACCUCUGAUAGCAGUACAUACUUGGACACAGGACAUGACAAGGACGACUAACACACCAGAAUCAGAACCAGAACAACGAAUAGCAGCGGAUAAAAAACUAAAACACUCUCGAAUGCAAUAUGGCAAGUUUCGUGCGCAAGGGAACCGGUAACCGGAAAUAAGUAGCAGGAGCUAAUAUGGCGGAUUAACGGGUCACAUGCAUGACGCCAUUUUGUUUGCCAAUGCCGUCUAUUAAGCUUUUGCCGAAACAUAUUUCAACCCCAAAGACAACAAAAUAAAGCUAAGUAAUUAAUUGAUAUAUAUUUUGAAAAAAUUAAUUACAAACAAACAUAAUAAAUCAAUCAAGCACCAAUUGCGCAACGUAAGCAGAGAUCAAUAAGAUCCAAUAAAGAACUACUUAUAAGACGAGAAAUUCGAAUGAUGAAUGAUGAUUAUUUGUUGCUUAUUCAUUGUAUAACGUCGAGCUACCUUGCCUAGUAAUCCAAAGAUCAAAAUAGUUUUCAAAACCGCAUAGUAAAAAUAUACAAAAAAAGAAAACAAACAACAGAAAAAAGAAAGAAAAGAACAGAAAAAAAAAACGUAAAAUCUCUAUAUUAAAGAAAAGAUAUUCAUGUUUAUUGUAUUAGUCGAAACUUUUACGAAUUCCCCCGUAUAAAAAUAUAGCAGCCCCAUUAUGCAGGUAUUAUGAAUUUUAAAGCAAGGUGAAUAAUGAAACUAUAAAUGUACUUGUAUAACCCAUUAAAUGACAAAAAGAAUGAGAGAGAGCUACUAUAUAGCAUUAAUCUAAUAUUGUAAGAGCGAUUGCCGAUGUACUACGAAGCACAUGCUGAAAGGAAGGGUAUCCAAUACGAACGAAUACGAAUGUCUAAUCAAAAGCUUUGGGAUAGCAAGCGAUUACCCUCUCAAACCCUCAAAACUGAUCCGAGAUCUGAGAUCCUUUGUCCUUGCUGAAUGUGCCUCCCCCAGAAAAAAUGCAGAAAUGCACUCCAACUCCAAAAUCUAAAAUCCGAAGUCAUUACUGUAGUCAAUUUUCACUUCUAUCGUUUUCCUUCGGUUUCUUUUCUGUUUUCGUUUAUUAUUUUAUUUAAGGCAACCGCAGAAAGACUUAUAAUCCAACAAGCUAUAGCUAAACGAUAUACGUACACUUCGAUAUAGUAGAGGGAGGGAAACUGAAGUGCAGAAACUAGAGUCUGGAAUGGUCGGGGAUCGGGAAUGGGAUUGGGGACAGAGUCUGAAUGUUUUAGCUAGGAAACUGAAAGUCUUGAAUAGAUGUUUAAGGAGGGAAAAGGAUGGAAAAGGGAAAGGAAAAUGAUUCGAUUGCUGAUCAUAGUGAUGGUGAUAAACGUUGACGAUUACGAUGACAAAAGACGGAAGACGAUAAUGUUAAUGCUGAUGUUACUAUAUAGGGACUACGAAGGAAUGAUUCAUCGACUGGUAUUGAGAAUUGGGAGCGUCAGAGUGUGAGACUAAGAACUUGAACUGGAAAAGGGCUUGUGAUUGGGGUGGGUUGGGUUUAGAUUUGUGGUCGAAUGAUGAGACAGAUACUGUGAAAGGGAUAAAAGAGCAGAUGAAAAGACGAAAAGAUGUUGACAUGAUCAAAGAAAACUAAAUACGAAUAAAUAAUAUGAAGUACACAAAGUGAAUGAAGGUUAUUUUUCUAUAUUUUUUUUACUUUUUCAUAGUCAUAGAAUAACAAAUUUGCAAACAAAACAAAGUAAUAUUGCAAUGCAAGCAAAAAUAAACAAACAAACAGAUAAACAAACAAGGCACACUACUGGAAAAUUUUAAUCAAUUUAUGUAACCACAGAAGUAAGCAAUUUGAGGCCACAGCAGUAAACACAGUCCAAGGAACAAAAGAACAUUAAGACAAACUUAAGUAACUUAAAAUAAAUACUCCAUUACUCAAGAAAGACAUUUAGCUUGAACCAAACAAUUGAUAUUGAUACGAUAUAAUAAUAUCUGACGACAGGCAGACUUUUGGGCUAUAUACGUCGUAUAUUUUUGCGUUGCUUCUUAUACAGAAAUAAGCUACAGAUACAGUAGCUACAGAUCCGAUAACUUCAAGAAGAGAUGCAACAGUGCAACAGAGUCAACAAACAAACAAACAACAGUCAACUGGCAACCGUCCAGUCUACAAACGUUUGAUAAGGAACAAAAACAAAGCAAAAUUUAAGUGAGAAAAUUAUACACACAAUCGUAGAGCUAAGGAGAUGAGAAGGAGGCGCAGACAGACACAAGGCUUAUAGGAGGAGCGUCCUCCUACCAGCAGAUAGAUACGAUUUCGAGAGUUUAUCCGACAUAUUCCCUGAGUUCCGUAUUUAGCCGCUUCGAGGAUUUUAAAUUUAAAGUGUAACCACAACAAAAAAAACAAAAAAAUGAGUAAAAGGAGUAAGAGUAGACGAUUUAUUAAUAAUUUUUUCCAAAAAUUCGUGCGCUAAGCGAAACAAAACCAAAAAAAAAUAGGGAAAUUAAAGAAAACCCCAAAGUAAAAAAGCUAAAAAUUGAUCAAAAAACAAAAAAAAAAUACAGAUACUCACACAUGAUAUUUAAAAUGCAUAUAUGCAUAGACAUGAACUAUAUACAACACUAUAUAUAUAAUAUAUAUACAUACAUAUAUAUACAUAUAUAAUUGAGCGUAUUUGAUGUUUUUGCUUGAACAAAUUAUAUGGAAACUCUUCUCAAAAGCCAGAAGACAUUUUUUGCCUUUCACUAAACGAAUUUCCCCAAAACCAAAAACAAAAAUGAACACAAUUAAAAGACAUAUGUACUCGUCUGUGAGUGUUGUUAAACUUACGGGAACUUACGUAUUGUAUUUUCCCAUCCCCGCCCCCCUCUAAUUGUUUGCGAUUUGUUUGGUAGAAUCCGAUAAGAUCAGAUAUAUACGCAGACGCGCGCACUUUGCACCCCAUUGUAUCCCCCCAUUGCCUUAUAUCCAAAGAGAGAACAAACAGAACAGAAUACAGAGAUUUGUAUCUGAAUCAUAUACGUUAUACCUUAUACUACAUACAAUAUACUCGUAUUGUAAAUGUAAGAAUCCCAAUGUGUAUCGCAUAUAUGAUAUGAUAUGAUAUGUACUCGUCGUAUGACCUAACACGGGAGUUUGUUUGUUGAAUUUGCUUUUACUUUUUAGCAGCUUCGAUUUAAAUCAAAUAUACAUACUAAAUAUACACACACACAGACACACACCCAUACAUAGGUCUACACACACACACACACACAUACAUGCAUUGCUUAAGUGUGCGUGCGUGCGUGUUUGCGUGUGUAGAAUUGUGUAUAAGACCUCUAUAUAAUCAUUAUACUACGAGUAGUAAAAGCGAAAAAGGGCAUGCAGGAAAAGCAGAACAGCAAAGCAGUACUUCCCGUAUACUCAAAUGUAUAGCUUUAUCUAAAGCUAUAUAACCAGAUGCUGCUAAAAAAGAGAGAUCGAUGGAGAGAGAGAGAAAACAAGAGAAGAGUAGAGAUGGCAGAAGGAACGAGUCUAAGGCAUAAAGUCAGAGGAGAGUUGAAGAAGAAUGA